UUCGCCGUGGAAUAAGGUUCUUUCCUUUUCUAGAGGGACCAAUGAGAAAGAAUGAACAAAAAGUUUUUGAUGGAUCAAAACUUGUGUACAUAUUGCAAGGUGUGAACUGUUCCAAAAAGUUGAAGUAGUAGUGCAGAAGAUAGAUUGCAUUUUGUGUUUUUAGUGUCUGAGAAUAGAAAGUGAAGUUCCUUGAAUGGACCCACGGAUACCCAAAGUAGGAGUUAAAACUAAUCUCUUUUCAAGUCGCUAUAAGAUUGGAUAGACUCCAUCGAGUUGUGUCCAUCAUUUUGUUUCCUGUUGAAGAUUCUAUGCUCUCUUCACUUCUGAUUUUUUUUCCUUUAUAAUGAUAGUCUUAAUAACACUUUUUUUCUUAAGAAAUGGUCAAGAACUGAGAAGCAAUUGCAUAGUCAGAAAUUCUCAAUAAGCUUUCUUUAUUGGUUUUAUGAGUAAUCGAACUUAGAGAGCGUGCAACAAACUUGGAUUUUGUUUCUAGCUUUCUGUAUAAGUGGCAGGAUCAACAGGAAAGGAAAAUGUAUCAUCAGCAUGAAUAUCACCACAAUCAGCAUGGAAUAGAUAACUUACCUUCAUCAAGGAUAUUGGUUCCUCAAGAAAGGCAUAUGCUCAUGCAUGGUGGAAAUGGCCGGGUAGAUACAGGACUGGUUCUAUCAACUGAUGCUAAGCCGCGAUUGAAAUGGACACCAGAGCUUCAUGAACGCUUCAUUGACGCAGUCGGUCAGCUCGGCGGUGCAGAUAAAGCUACACCAAAGACAGUUAUGAAGCUGAUGGGAAUACCAGGACUUACUCUGUACCACUUAAAAAGCCAUCUUCAGAAAUACAGGCUCAGUAAGAAUGUACAUGGACAAACUAAUUCUGGGACAAACAAAAAUGGUUUUAAAGAAGUGUUAGAAGGAGAUAGAAUGUCUGAAAUUAGUGUAGCAAUUAUGAGCAAUAAUAAUACCCUUGGGCCUCAAGCAAAUAAUUUGCAGAUAAAUGAAGCACUACAGAUGCAGAUUGAAGUACAGAGAAGAUUACAUGAACAGCUUGAGGUGCAGCGACACUUACAACUCCGCAUAGAGGUUCAGGGUAAAUACCUACAGUCGGUGCUGGAGAAAGCACAAGAGACACUGGGAAAACAGAAUGUGGGUCCCAGUGGACUCGAGGCCGCCAAAGUACAACUCUCUGAAUUAGUCUCGAAAGUAUCAACAGGAUGUCUAAAUCCUGCGUUUUGUGAGUUGAAAGAACUACCAGGUCAAUGCAACAAACAAACACAGAAACUCCAACCUGCAGAUGGGUCAGUUGACAGUUGCUUGACUUCAUGUGAAGGAUCUCAAAAGGACCCAGAAAUGCAGAAUAUCGUGAUGAGGUUAAGACCAUACAACGAUACUACCCAAUUAUCGGGUUCAAAAGAGAACCCAGAGAGAAGUGAGUUCGAGCGGACUGAACCCAUAUUAUGGUCUGACCAACUAGAAACCAAAACGCUUUGUUCGCCGGUGAGAAAUGACACAGGAAGGAGUAUUUUCCCAAUUCCACGGAGCUCUACUGAUGUAUCUUUGAGCAUUGGAGUUCAAAGAAACAUUCGGAUCAGCAGUGGCAUUUCUGAGGCAGAGGAAAAUCAGAAGAAACCAAAAGGGUUUACAAUGCCAUAUUUGAGCUCAAAGCUCGACUUGAAUUCCCUUCAAGAGAAUGAAGCUUCCAAUUGUAGACGCAUCGAUUUGAACGGUUUCAGCUUAAGCUAACAGGAAAUACAGUCAUUCAGAGAUAGUAAUAAUAAAUCCCAGACCAGUGGAAGUUUUAGUUUGGUAUUCCAAGUCAACUGAUGUAAAUCUGAGACCUGACAUGAUACAAGCAUGCAGUACUUGUACGAUCAGUAAUAGAGAUUGCUUGCAGUGACUACAUUCCAAGUUUCAGACACUUACUGUUUUCUAGUAAAUUUUCUUUUAGCUUGACACUCAACCAGUGGAUGACACCAUAUAAUUUUAAUGUUUCUUCAGUAAUUAACCAAAACUUGUUUGGUUAGUUUCACAUUCUACA